AUGGAGUGUGGAAAGACCUUUAGUUUUAGCAGUCAUCUUAAUUGUCACAAGAGGAGCCACACAGGAGAGAAACCAUAUCAAUGUGUGGAGUGUGGAGAGAGCUUUAGGUGGAAUUCUAGUCUUACCUCCCAUAAAAGGAUCCACACAGGAGAGAAUCCAUAUCAGUGUAGUGAGUGUGGGAAGAAUUUUAGUGGGAGUCAAAGUCUGACCGUCCAUAAAAGGAUCCACACAGGUGAGAAACCAUAUAAAUGCAUGGAGUGCGGAAAGAGCUUUACUCAUAGCAGUCAUCUUAAUUCCCAUAACAGGAUCCACACAGGAGAGAAGCCAUAUAAAUGUGUGGAAUGUGGACAGAGCUUUAGGUGGAUUUCUGCUCUCGCCAGCCAUAAAAGGACCCACACAGGGGAGAAACCAUAUCAAUGCAUGGAGUGUGGAAAGACCUUCUGUUAUAAUCAAUCUCUUAUAAGACAUCAAAGCAAUCAGAAAGGAGAAAGAUCUUAUAAAUGCAUGGUGUGGAAAGACAGGACUUGAGAAUCCACACAG